GGGCGGCGGGGGGGGGACGAGGGGCGGCGAGGGGGGGGACGAAGGGCUGUCUCCAGUUGACGAUGAAGACGGGCCUCGUGUGUUGGCAGCCGGGAGAAGAGGACGAUGCUUUGUGCGGAACCUCACCCAUAAAUCUCUGGACGAGGCGGUAAGCGCGUGUUUUGGGGUACACAAUGUACGGAGGUCACAAAGAAGAUGGGAGCCUGGGUUUUUUUCAGGAUAGUGCCAUUUCUAAAUAGCAACUCUGAAAGCAGUGUGUGAGUAAAGACUCAAGGACACUGAAAUAGCACCGAGGUUCAUGCAAUUAAUUCCAUGCGUGCAGGAAUUGCCGAGUUAGCUAAGGAUGUAAGCAGACAGCAGCUGAAGAGAGAAGGGUCAUUUUCUAGCAAUCAUUUUGUCGGAUAAAGAGCGGGUGGCAGAGUGGGAGAGAUUGGCUCAGCCCAGCCCAAUGAAGUGAACGGGAGAACUGAGAGCUUUGAAGCAGCAAUUCAAGGGCUUUGAAGCAACAUUUUAUCAAUCGCCUGGGUCUAUAUGUCAAGAGGAGCAUUGCAAGAAGAGAGGGCACUCAAAGAGCUCGAGUUGAAAGGCAAAACAACAUCCUGUUGGGAAGGAAGCAAUUGCAGGAACCCGAUUACAGACAGGAGAGUCUGCCGUAUUUGAGGAAUGGGCAACAGGUAAACAUUCUUCCGAUGACACGUAAAAUUCUCUUGGCCACGGCUUUUGCGAUGGCAUAAAGUGGAUUUUGAGAAGGCAUUCCGUGAAUUCUUACCAGGCGUCUGCUGAAUAUUGAGAAGGCGACCGUUGAAUUUCAAGAAGGCGUCCUGUGAAUCUUAAGGCGGAGGCGUCUCGUGAAUUUUGCGAGAGGCGGAAUUAUUCGACGCGACAAGCAGCUGGCGCAAUGAGAGGCAGGCGGAGCACCGAGCCGGUUGCGGGGCAGGGGCUGCCGCGGCGAGAGGAGGAAGAGGAUGCGGGGGCGGUGGAAAAGAGGGGGCAGAGGGAAGGGGACGGCACCACAGUGCUGGAGCUGCCGCCGAUGAUGACCGAGGCAGAGGUGCUGCACGUGCUGCGCGUGGUGGAGAGAGACGCGAGCUUGCGCCACCGGGAGACGCGCAGAAUCCGAACCCUGAGGCAGGACGUGGAGGAGGAGGAGACCAAGGGCUCGCUGCUGUCCCGGCAGGAGCGCUUCAGCGGCAAGCGCUGCGUGCGCUGCUGCGCCGCCUUCUGCUGCCUGCUGAACGCGCGGCGCCGCUGCCACGCGUGCCGUCGCUUCGUGUGCGCCCGCUGCUGCUGCCGCCGCCGCUGGUGCUGCGAGCGCGGCCGCACCGAGCGCGGCUGGAAGUGCCGCACGUGCUGCAAGGCCACGCGCGUGGAGUCGCUUGCGCUGCGCUGGUUCUAUGACGGCGCGCGCGCUCGUUUCGGCGGCUGCGGUGGCGCCGAGGUGGCAUGCGUGGUGCGGGCACGGCUGCGCGCCGCCUGGGCGGGCGGCUCCCACCUGGCAGACUCGGUGAUGGCUGAGGUGCGCGCUGCCGCGUGGCGCGCCUCCAGCGACGCCGUGCGCGAGGUCCUCUCCUCGCGGGCCGAGCGCCGGGGACGCCGCUCCACGGGGACGCUCGCCGCCAGCGACGGCCCCACGACGGCCACGCCGACGGCGUCGCUCGUUCGCCAAAAGGUCAACGGCUCGCGCGGGCCUGCCGCUCGAUUGACCUUGCCGCCGCCGGCGGGAGGGGUGGAGGAGGAGCAGCAGCUGGACGUCCUUCGCGGAAGCGGAGCCGUCCUCGUGAGCGAACUCACCGCCAGCAUCACCAGCAAGCUAUUGAACGGUGACGCCGCAUUUCCCGGUCACGGUGGGGUCCUCCGUAUGCCGAGUAACGAUGGCGGUGACAGUGACCCCACCACAUCCCCGGACACGGACAGCCCCCGCCGCUCCGCGCCCGCACGGCGGCGCGACCGUGCAUCCCUCGCACCAACCCUCACCUCCGAGCUCCUUCCGGGCCCCACCACAUCCGCUCACACUUGCGGGGACGUCGGGAGCGACGGGAACGCCGGGAACGCCGGGGGUGUGCGACGUUCCGUGACCGCAGCCGGCGGUGAUGCCAACGGCGAGGAUGACCCCCGCUGCUCCGACACGCCGGGUGAGGAGACGGACGAACCGCGUGGUCCCGGAGGCGACGGGGUCUGCAGGGAUGCUAGCCGCUCUUCCUCAACCGCCAACAGCCUCCCGGCCGAUCCGAGCAUCUCCCCCGGCGCCGCCGUGGACCCAUCGCCGGCGGUGCCACCGCCCGACGCUGGACCUUCAACGGUUGCCGCCGCGGGAGGGGAAACGAUCGGCGUGCGAGAUUCUUCGGAUGAGUGGCCCGCGUCAGUCGGGCAGAGGGGAGGCGGGGACUCGGGGGAAGAGUCGGCGUGCGGCCAUCGCAGCGGCGACUACCCCAUCGACGACGACGAUGCCGUUCGUGCGACGCUGGGCCUUGGCCACCGUGGAAGAGAUCGACAGCCGCGCGCAGACGCGGGUCCGACCGGGGCCGAGAGCGACGGCCCCGGCGAAUUGCUCGCGCCCGAGCGCAGCGGCGAAGGUCGCGGCGGCCCAGUGGGUUGCGACGCGGAAGAAGCGGCGGGGGUUGUCGACGGGCCACCGACGGCUGCGGAGCGCGGGCCGAGGAGGACUUUGCGUGAGGGCCCAGCGCGGGUGCUUGGGGAAGGCUCGGCGGAAGAGGGUGCCGAGGGCAGCCCGGGGUGCUUGGAUCAGCUGGCGGCGCUGUCCAGCCGCCUGGCGGUGCUGGAGAGCAGCCUGUGCCGCCUGGAGAGUGGACUGGCGCCGUCCCACACGUGGGCCCAGAGUGGGGUGAGGUCCGUGUCGUCUCCGGAGCUGGGCCAGCGUCACGGGGACGCUCCGCGCCCUCUGCGACGGGGCACGGCGCUGAGACACGGGCAGCAGCAGGAGAGGAUGUCCACUUCGAUCCUCGCCGAGGAGGAGGAGGACGAAGAGGAGGGGGAGGACCAGGGGGAAGAUGAGACAGCCGGUGAUUCGGACUCCAUCACCGCCGCCACAGAUGAGGGUGAUGCUGAGGAGGAGGUCGAGACGGAGAUGCGGAAGAGGUACACGGCUGCCUCCCUGCGCAGCCUCACGACCCACGCGCUGCGCCUCAUCGCUGACGCCCAGCGGCUGCUCUCCCGGCCGGGCGCCGGCGAUGUCGGCCCCGCGCCGUCGCGACGCGUGGCCAGGGCGCUCGACCAGCGGCUGUCCGAGCUGGAGGAGAACGUGUACGUGGGCGCGGGCCAGGCCUUCGAGCUGGAGGAGGAGCUGCGGCACCUGGAGGAGCGGGCGCGCGGGAUCCACGCGGCGACCACGGAGCGCGAGCUCGCGUGGCUCGAGGAUCGCGUCGCCACCGCCUCGGCGCAGGUGCAGGGCGCCGAGGGACAGAUCUCUGACAUCGAGCAGUCCGUCUCCUGCCUGGGCGUCCGCCUGCCAGCCGGCCCCGUAGCGAGACGCGAGCCGCAGGCCACACUCACGGAGUCGCCGAAGCCACGAAGCCGGAAGCUGCCAGCGCCACCGGGGGGUGACAGCUACUUGCAAGCGGACUGGAUGAGGGAGCUGUCCGAGGAGCCCUCGGAGUUCGCUUGAGCCCAGGGGCGACGUGGAUGGUCGCCGUGUCGGGGCUGCUUGGAACUCCGCGAGUUAUCCGCCGCCGCCGCCGCCGCCGCUGCUGCUGCUGCUGCUCUCGAGUGCCUUAAUGAAGCUGGAGCACCAGGCUCUCUCCCACCGGACCCCUCCGUGCGUGCGUCACUCUUGUCGGCCCUUUGUCCCCCGGGCACCAACCCACAAACCUGCACGGGGAGGCCACUCGACAAACCUUGCAGGCCACUCGCGAAGCGUGCUGCAGGCCCACCCAAACGAGGCUCUGUCUUUCUUGCGUGCCCUUUACCGACGGCGGCGUUUUUUUGUGUGUGUUUCUUCCCUUUGCGGCCGUGCUGCCACGGCUCUCUCCGGCCGCGUUGUUUGGCGUGAGGUCCGACGUCGAAGCUCCCGGGAUGCGGAGUGAAAUGUUGGACGUCGCCCGCAGCGACCUGGAGAGACGUAGACGCGGACCGAGUGGUGUGUUAUCGUACGAGUCGUGUCGGUAUCAUGUCCCUCCCACCCCCAUCCCUUCCAUGUCUUGUGCUGUGGCCGGUUGUAAGUCUAUUAAGUGAAGCAGAGAAGGGUGGUUUUUAUUUGUUUUGCUUUGCCGGUGCUUGGCGGUCUUCAAUGAUCCCGCACGUCCGCACCUCCGAUUGGCAUGGUUGGCUUCGUACGAUGUGAAAGACGUUCAAUGUACACGCAUAUGCACGUGCAGGGCAGUGGCCAACUUGCGUGGCACCACACUUGACAGACAGCUCCUUGGGAUGGCUGGGGAGGCACGCAAGGCCGAGUUACGAAGGUCGUCGCGAGUUGCUGUGCGCUCUCUAUGCUACUGCACCUCGCCAUCGUUUCCUUCCUCGUGCCAAGAUCUCACAGCAGUUGCACACGCGACGAAUCGGCCGUCUGAGGUCUGCUCCUCUCCACACUGUCAUCCCGCUCGAGAGCGCGACCACUAAGGAUGAGGACACCCACUCCACAACCGGUGACCACACGAUCGAACGCAUCAUAAACUUCCCCCCGUCCAUUACGAGCGUUUCGAGUAGCUCCGAGUGGCGUACACUCACUAUGCCUGCACACUCAACGUCUCCUGUAGCCACUCGAUGGAUUUCAAAUUGGGAAAUCGAUUUGAGUUCGCUCCUCGAACCGCAUCCAGAUAACAAAGAACCCACGCCUUAUGUUCGAGGUGUACCUUACUGCGCAUCAGUUUCCAUCCCGAUACGGUCCACUCCGCUCCGUACCGUCGCACGUCUCUGCUUGCUGAGCCCCUCCCCGCCUCCGGUAAGAGCCCCGUGCUCACGUCGCGUGCCCUUACAUCUCCUCUCCUCUCCCGAACAAUCGGCGCUCUCAGCCUUACCGUGCUGCCAGCCCCGGUCCCGAGGUGCCCCCUCGGAUUUCCAGCGUUGGGAGCUCCUAGCCUGGGACCCUUCAGCCGGUUUACUUUCUCGUGAGUGGCCAGCUUCUCGGCCCGGCUGCCACUGGGACCCUCGGCCAUGGCUUCGUCACAUCCCGAAUAAACGAGUGCAACGCUUUCCUCCACGGCCUCCCCAAAUCCCUCCUCUCCAAGCCUGAAGACAAAAAAAUGCCACUGCCAGACUCAAGGGUCUCGAGUGUUUUUUUCCCUUAAGCACGUGAGAAGUUCAAGUUCAAGUUAAUUUAUUAGGUAUAGCCCUAUGAGCCAUUCGGCUCUUGAAUCGGGUUCAACCGCAACAAACAAAAAAACAUGAACAAAAAACAUCUUAAAGUGAAUAUGUGACUAAGUGCAAACAGAAAAUCCAAGAAAAGACAGCAAAAUAUUGCAGAAAAAACACCGUACACCAACGCUGUGUGCAAAAAUCCCAGUGGGAUGCAAGUCAAACAGCAACAACAACAACUACAAGACAACUUAGAUUAAGGCCAUCAGUCUAACUCUGUACUACAACAAACAAACAUGGCUAAACCAAUACAUUUUUCGAAAUCACCAAAAUAAAGCCAGAAGUCAAGAGACCAGCAGCAUUAGCCUCGUUUGAAAGAGUGACGGGGGGGCAUUCGUCUGCCAGUAUGGUGCCGAUGGUUGCAAUGUAUGGUUCCAAUAAAAAAUACCCCUCCCGCACCCGUACACCAGACCCGCAUCACCCAUGGACCACUGGCUCCCACUACAAUCUCGCCUGAACUUGGGAGGUCGCGCCCUCCUGCCUUGAAGAUCCUCCACGGGUUCACCACCGCGGCCACCUCGUAGCCCGUCGCUUCUCUCCUCCGCUCCCGACACUCUCCACUGCAGGAGCCAAGCAAGGCUUCCUGUCGAGAGUCAAACCUUUACUGAGUGGGAGGUCGCCCGGUUCCUCGUGCUGCCCCCCUGAUCCUGGAACGUCCUUCCCCUCCGAUGUUCUGUGCUGUUGACGCCCUGACCCUGUUCUCGUCCAGAAUCAAGACCGUCCCCCCCCUCCCCUCCGCCUAUGACCGUCUCCUUCUCCCCAUCGAGUGAAUAUGCCCAGAGUUUCUGUAGAGGGGAUUGGGAAUGCGGUUGCAUUGUUUUAGAGGACACUUUUGAAAAGUCUGCAAUUCCCGUGUGUCGGCCAGCGUGUGUUUAUUUGCUCCUGGGUGUGAUGGACACUGGGGCGUGUAAGUCGGUGCUUGUUGAUGUUCUGUGUGCGUAUCUGCAGUGGCACGUGUAAUGUUUAUUGAGCAGUCUCACAGAGGCUGCUGUCACGUGUGCUGGACCGACCAAUGAACAAUGCUUUUUGUGUUUAGUUUCUUGUCCUUCCUCCGCACCUCCAAUUUGCACGGCUGGCUAUGUACGGUGCGAAAGAAGUUAUGCAUACGUACGCACAACACGGAGCGAUGCAUAUUUUUGUAGGGACCAUUUGUCCCCGAUGCAGCCCUUGCUUAGCACUCAAUCCCCAUAUAUGGGCAUUGCAGAAUAUGUUCGGUUGUGAUUGGUAACGUGAUAUGUAAAAAACAAAAUGGUAUAAUUGAAAGCGAAUCGAUUUUUGUUCUUGCCCCGUGAGCACGAGCGCGCGACGUGCAUCACAGACGGGCGGUGGAACCGAUCGGGCGAGUGAGUGCCCCCCGGUGACCCCCCCCCCCCGGUGACCCCCCCCCCCCCCCCAAACGAUUCCGAUGUCUCCUCCCUGCGUUGUGACCUUCGAUUGCGUUCGACGACUCAUUCGCGGGUGGAGAUUUUAAUGGCAGCACGUGGCUCUCUGCCGAGAGCCCUCUCAGCUCGGCUCGCUCGCUCGGGAUGGAGAGCGGGGGGGGUGACAAUAAAUGGGCAUGCGUAGUCGCCCACCUGACCCGCCUCUGAUGUGCAAACCGAAGCCGUAAAUGGGUUUCAAUUGGUCCAAAUCGUUAAGUUAAUUACGAUGAGAUCAAUUGCCCUUUCCCCCCCCCCCCCCCGUGGGCCUCUCGUUCACAUUCAGAUUAUGAGCGAGCGAGCGCACGCAUGAAGAUUAUUUCAGAGUUCAAUACUCUGGCAAGUCCUGGAGCUUUGUCGAAAAAAAAAACAUUGUGGGGGGGGGGGGGGGGGGUGAAGGGCUUUUGUUUGAUUUAUUUUUAAAGCAGGUGUAUAUUUUAAAAAAGUGGCAGGCUCUACUGCCCGUAACAAUGACAUCGAGUUUCAUUUUAAACGUGUAUAAAUAUACGGUAUGCAAAACAUGAUGAAUAAAUCU